AUGGACGGACUCAUGAUGGACGGAACGGAAUCCAUACAAGCUCCAUGUGCAAAGACACACCUCAGGGAUUACCACGGAAAGAUGGCGGCUCAGUACUGGAGCGAGAGUGAGGACGUCUUCCAUCAUGCCAGCUCUCAAACAGCAGUUGCAGAUUUUGUCCAGCGGAGGCGCACUCAACGGUACAGUACAAGCUCCCGGCUCGGCUCCUGUCCCACUCCAGGAGCCACGAGAACCUCCAGCUGGACCUCAGUCUAG